CACGUCAGUUUCUGCACUGAAACUCUCAAGAUCAAUGAGCAAAGAGCUUUCUCAGUUCUGCCUUUCAGUUUCUCUCUUCCAGGAAGGAAAACAUUCGACAGAGCGAGGGAGAGCGGCAGGAGGGCGGGGGGCGGGGGCGCCGGCUGCGGGUGGGAGGAGAGACCGGGAGGCCGGCCGGGCUGCGUCCCGGGUCCCCGCGCCGCACCGCGACCUGCAGACCCCGCCGCCGCGCUCGGGCCCGGCUCCCACGCCCCCGCCGCCCCGCGCGCCCAACUCCGCCGGCCGCCCCGCCCCGCCCCGCGCGCUCCAGACCCCCGGGGCGGCUGCCGGGAGAGAUGCUGGAAGAAACUUCUUAAAUGAUCGCGUCCGGCUGGCCGUGGAGCCUUUCUGGGUUGGGGAGAGGAAAGGAAAGUGGAAAAAACCUGAGAACUUCCUGAUCUCUCUCGCUGUGAGACAUGUCUGAGACUCCUGCUCAGUGUAGCAUUAAGCAGGAACGAAUUUCAUAUACACCUCCAGAGAGCCCAGUGCCGAGUUACGCUUCCUCGACGCCACUUCAUGUUCCAGUGCCUCGAGCGCUCAGGAUGGAGGAAGACUCGAUCCGCCUGCCUGCGCACCUGCGCUUGCAGCCAAUUUACUGGAGCAGGGAUGACGUAGCCCAGUGGCUCAAGUGGGCUGAAAAUGAGUUUUCUUUAAGGCCAAUUGACAGCAACACGUUUGAAAUGAAUGGCAAAGCUCUCCUGCUGCUGACCAAAGAGGACUUUCGCUAUCGAUCUCCUCAUUCAGGUGAUGUGCUCUAUGAACUCCUUCAGCAUAUUCUGAAGCAGAGGAAACCUCGGAUUCUUUUUUCACCGUUCUUCCACCCUGGAAACUCCAUACACACACAGCCGGAGGUCAUACUGCAUCAGAACCAUGAAGAAGAUAACUGUGUCCAGAGGACCCCCAGGCCAUCCGUGGAUAAUGUGCACCAUAACCCUCCCACCAUUGAACUGUUGCACCGCUCCAGGUCACCUAUCACGACAAAUCACCGGCCUUCUCCUGACCCUGAGCAGCGGCCCCUCCGGUCCCCCCUGGACAACAUGAUCCGCCGCCUCUCCCCAGCUGAGAGAGCUCAGGGACCCAGGCCGCACCAGGAGAACAACCACCAGGAGUCCUACCCUCUGUCAGUGUCUCCCAUGGAGAAUAAUCACUGCCCAGCGUCCUCCGAGUCCCACCCGAAGCCAUCCAGCCCCCGGCAGGAGAGCACACGCGUGAUCCAGCUGAUGCCCAGCCCCAUCAUGCACCCUCUGAUCCUGAACCCCCGGCACUCCGUGGAUUUCAAACAAUCCAGGCUCUCUGAGGACGGGCUGCAUAGGGAAGGGAAGCCCAUCAACCUCUCUCAUCGGGAAGACCUGGCUUACAUGAACCACAUCAUGGUCUCUGUCUCCCCCCCUGAAGAGCACGCCAUGCCCAUUGGGAGAAUAGCAGACUGUAGACUGCUUUGGGAUUACGUCUAUCAGUUGCUUUCUGACAGCCGGUACGAAAACUUCAUCCGAUGGGAGGACAAAGAAUCCAAAAUAUUCCGGAUAGUGGAUCCCAACGGACUGGCUCGACUGUGGGGAAACCAUAAGAACAGAACAAACAUGACCUAUGAGAAAAUGUCCAGAGCCCUGCGCCACUACUACAAACUAAACAUUAUCAGGAAGGAGCCAGGACAAAGGCUUUUGUUCAGGUUUAUGAAAACCCCAGAUGAAAUCAUGAGUGGCCGAACAGACCGUCUGGAGCACCUAGAGUCCCAGGAGCUGGAUGAACAAAUAUACCAAGAAGAUGAAUGCUGAAGGAACCAACAGUCCACCACAGCAGGCCAGCAGCCCAGGGAACCCCUGCCCACCAGGAUUGCUGGAGGUGUGACGGAGCAGGCGGGCUGAGUGGAAAAGGAAGUGACCCAGAAAUGACAGGGACACUUCUCUUGCAGACCAAGAGGGACCCUGGAGCACCUUAGACAAACUACCCAGCACAGGCGGGGCUGGAAUUCUGGCGGAGGGCGUGAGCCUGGGACUCGCAUGUCACGUUUCCUUCUGAUUUGGAAUCUCUCCAUCUGUAAUUCCUCACCCUCACCCUUCCACCGUUGUUAGUUUCAUGGUGUUUUUGUUUUUGUUUUAAGAACAUGCAGUUUGACUCUUCAUCGUUCAUCUAGGGGAAGACAUCUGAUGUUGUUUUCCUAUGGAAAUAUAUAUCUAUUAUAUAUAUAUUUUUUGCAAAUCUCACAAAGUGCGGCAAGCCCAGCUGGUCAGGAAAGAGAAUACUUGCAGAGGGGUUCAGGUUCCUCUUUUUCCUGCCACAUGGAUCAGGUUUGUUCCUGUUACUGUUGGGUCUUGGCUGAAAAAAAAAAUGCUUUUAAAAAAGAUAAAAUGAAAAGGAGAGCUCUCUUUUUCUCUCUCUUGCUCUGUUCUUCCCUUGGUCUCCUCUGUCCUCCCUCCCUGCCUGCUAUUGAGAUUCAGAUGCCUUCUAACAGCAUUCAGCCCCUUGGAGAGUCUUGGGGAUUGUUGGCACCUAAACAGAAUCAGUGACCUGGGUGCUUUGUGGCCAGCAGCACACAAUCAAACCCACAUCCCAGCACUGGGCCACCCAUGUGAGGGAGGCCAAAAUCAUCACAGAUGCUGCUGUGCUGCAGACAGAUACAUGCUAGUCCAGAGAGCCGCCCGAGAUGGCUGUGAGAACCAUGCGUCUAAGACGUAAGAUAAGGAUGGAAGGCUGUCCAAGUUACUUGGAAGGCCUCGGCAGCUUGGGAUUAGCUUGGGAGCGCUGCAAAGUGGAAAAUAUGAAAAGAUCACACAGGCCCAGCAGUCCAGAAACUGGGCAAAAAUAUUCUGCAGUGGGGAUUUGUUUUUCCAAAGCAGGUAACAGAGGCUAGUGAGAAAGAAAAACUCUCUGCUCCAUUCCAAAGGCCAUCUUGUGGUCAGUUUCAUGCCCUCGCCUGAUUUUUUUUUUUUUUUUCAAUUCCUAGCCUUUUUUAAAGUUUCCUGGUCUCCACUGGACACAGAGCAUUGGAGACAGAGGAUCCCGGAGGGCAGUCUCAGUUGCAAUCAGUGUUUGCCCAGCCUGGGCAGACAGGAAAUUCCUCGGAUACAUUAUUUUUUCUUUCUUUCAUAGCUGUGUCUCAGAAAGGACCCAUUUAUGGCUCUUUUUCACCUCAAAAUAAGAUCGAUGGUAUCUUGUAAAAUGAGGGUAGUGCCACUUCUUAGUAUUUUUGAUGAUAACAGAUAUUUUUAGAAAGCUGUUUUAGAUUUUUUUUUUUCCUUUUCUAGCCAUCUAAAUUGACUCUUCCAACAUAGGUCUCAGAAAUCCAAUAUUUGGAGUACAGUUUCUUUUAAUCCAGAUUAGACCUGCCUUACAAAGCACCCCUUCCUUGUUCCCCUGUGUUUCCUCCACUCAGUUGGGGGAGAAACUCACAGCUCCUCCGGGAUACAUACCUGCCCUCAGCAGCAGCUCCCAGGUGAAGUUACCAGACCCCUGGGCUUCUCCCCAGCCUUUUCUGAGUUGAGUCAGACAUGUAGAGUUUGGGUCACACAGGCAAGGGGAAUUUUCCCUCGGCCUUACUGACAAGGGCACCAACCUAGGGUGCAAACAGAUGGACUAUGGUUCAAGGACACUGGAAUUGAAGAGCUGAUCAAGGCUCUCUUCAGCCUUGCUCUGUCCCUGCCUCUUAUCAGAGCACAGGUAGACACACGGGCAUAGCUAGCCUGCUCCUACUGUCACAGGCGCCCCACCAUUCGACCUUCCGGAAGGUCAGGGACCUUCUACGUGAGGCGAGUGGGUCUCAGUCUGCUUGAAUGGUGAUGAGAUUCUGCCGGAUCUCAGCACGCUGCAGGUGUCUUUUGAGAGCAUUCAGUAGGACAUGGUGAUCCCUAUUUCAGCCUCCAAGAUGACUGGUAUUCUCUCAAAUGCAGAGAUUAAGCCAAAUACCUGAUGUAUUGUGAAAGCCACUGAUUUGACGAAUGGAGAGAAAGGGAUUUUUACUGCAUCCGUCUGUCUGAAUACGAAAUCAGAGACCAGGGCAUGAUGUUGCUAGGAUUGGAGCCUCUCAGUCUGGCCUCUUCACCCAAAUGCAAGAACUCAGUCUCUUACUAUUCACAGAAUCUUAACAGUUGAAUUAUGGAGGGAAAUUCCCUUUUGCCCCAAGCGUUUCUAUAUUUAAAGCAAUAUCCCAGGAGAAUAUGUUAGACUUAGGAUGACACCUUCAGCCACUUGAAGAAGAAAUAGAAGGCGCUCAUUCCAAUAUAGUCUUUAUUUCCCAUCCAGAUACAGGUUGAGCAUCCCUAAUCUGAACAGUUAAAACCCCCAAAUGCCCCAAAAUCCAAAACUUCCUGAAUGCUGUGACACCAGGAGUGGAAAAUUCCACACCUAACACCUUUGCUUUUUUUUUUUUUUUUUUGAGACGGAGUCUCGCUGUCACCCAGGCUGGAGUGCAGUGGCGCAAUCUCGGCUCACUGCAGGCUCCACCCCCCGGGGUUCACGCCAUUCUCCUGCCUCAGCCUCCCGCGUAGCUGGGACUACAGGCGCCCGCCACCUCGCUCAGCUAAUUUUCUAUAUUUUUAGUAGAGACGGGGUUUCACCGUGUUAGCCAGGAUGGUCUCGAUCUCCUGACCUCGUGAUCCGCCCUCCUCGGCCUCCCAAAGUGCUGGGAUUACAGGCGUGAGCUACCGCGCCCGGCCACCUUUGCUUUCUUAUGGUUCAAUGUACACAAAUUGUUUUAUAUAGAAAAUUAUUUCAAAUAUCAUAAAAUUACCUUCAGGCUAUGUGUAUAAAGUAUAUGUGAGCCAUAAAUGAAUUUUGUGUUUAGACUUUGUGUCCAUCCCCAAGAUCUCUCAUUUUAUGUAUAUAUACAAAUAUUCCAGGAUACAAAAAAAAAAAUUUAAAAAUCCGAGACCCAGAACACUUCUGGUCCCAAGCAUUUCAGAUAAGGGAUAUCAAUCUGUACUACCCAUAAGGAUUUCAUAAUUCCCCUAACUGCAAAUGUCCUCUUCAUUUGUUCUUUAUGAGAAAACCCGGGUAGUGCCAGCACCUGGAUACAGUAUUUACGCGCUGCAGACCCUAAAGAUUUCAGAUUCAAUUAGCAAACCUUGAUGAAGCACCUGCUGGACACUGUGAGGUACCCAAAGUUCAAUCAGCCAUAAUCCCUGCUUUCAGAGUUUAUAUUGUACCUGCCUAAUCCACCCAGCGUGACUCAUUUCAACACUAAGUACUAGGGGUGUUGUCAGGAGACAAAUCUGAAGUCAGGAGAGGAAAAUGCAAAGGAUCCCUGCCAUGUGAUGGAUGUGCACUCUCACUUGGAUCUUGAAGUUCUCGUUCCUACAUCUCAAGCUAGCCAGGCCAUCUCCUCUGUAUCAGAAGAAAGCACUGGUAAUUGGCUAGACUGGCUAUGUUGAAGGUAACAUGAACUCUAAGAUCUUGACCCAGGGCGACUUGGUCUUGCUUAAGGUGGCAUCACCAAUGUUCCAAAUCCUUUGGGGAGGUAAGGGUGUCCCCACAGAAAAAGGAAUAACAGACCAAUGGAUUUUCUCCUUUCAACAGUAUGUUUGGAACCCUCUGAUCCAAUGUCUUUUGAUACUGAUCUCUUGUCCAAAUGAGAAUGUCGCUUUAGCUGAAAUUCAAAUGGCUGUGACAAUUUACCGAAAUGAUGAAGUAACCACCAUUCCCACCUUUCACUGCCUAGGCUCCAAGUCUGAAAACAUUUUUGAAAUAGGAACUCCCUUUUGCAAAAGAAGAAACCUGGGUGUCAGGGAGGUGAAGUGACUUGCCCUAAGAGCAGACAGCAUGCCAAGAAUGAAAGUAGGCUCAGGAUCUAGCCUGGUUUCACCCUGUCUGGCCCAUUCCCAUCCAGGAAACUGAGGAUAAAAGAUUCGGGAAAACACACCAAGAAAAAGGGGCAGUUUUCUUUGCCCAAGCAUUUGGUGCUAGUUAGAGGCUGUUCACUCUCUCCUGCUCCUCUUCGGAGUAGAAAUAAAGGCUGUGACACAAGGAAGCCAGUGGGGUGGGAGGGGGGCAUGAUAAUCCCUGCCUAAAACCCACAGAAGACUAACCUGAUACUCUUUUGACCCAACUGCAUCAACACUAAACAGCUGCAGACCCCCUGAAUCUUUCACACAUGCCAAGUGAACAUUCUUGAUGAUUUCUCUUUGUGACUGCAACCACCUGCAAACCAGAAUGAAUCUACAAUUUCCUUCCCCCCCCUUUUUGUUUAGUUUCUAAUCUCUUGUUUAUGAGGUGUGGGGUUUAUAAGGGACUGAAUCAAAUGAAUGUAACAAAAAAGAAAAAAAACAAAAAAAUGCCUUUUCUCAGGGCCAGUGAGUUGCAAAUAAUUUUUAAAGAAAAGCCUAUAAUUACAUCAUCUCAAUAAAUUUUUUAUAAAAAAAAAA